AUGCUUGUGCACAGCUACCCGGGCAUGGACCGAGCCGAGGGGCUGCCCGGGGCGCCGGCCGGGGCCCGCCUGCCGCAGCUGCCCUCGCUCAACCAGGCGCCCUAUGGCUCGGCGCCGCCGCUCUGCCACACGCCCGCCGCCGACUUCCAGCCGCCCUACUUCCCCCCGCCGUACCCGCAGCCGCCGUUGCCCUACCCGCAGGGCCAGGAGCCCGCUUACCCUCACCUGGCGGACCCGUACGCGGCGCUCAGCCCCCUGCACCAGCACCAGCAGCCGGCCUGGCCCCCGCAGCGCGGCCGGCAGGACGAGCCGGGGCUGCUCUCGCAGACCCACCGCGCCCUGGGGCUCGACCCUCGCCGCGAGUACCCCGCCGUGCCCCGCCUGCUCCACGGGCUGCCCGACGGCGGCCACGGCCUCGCCGACGGCCCGCUGGGCCUGCACGGCCUCGGCCACCACGGCCUCGAGGAUAUCCAGGCCGUGGACGACGGCGGGAUGAACCUGCUCGAUCAGUCCGUGAUCAAGAAAGUGCCCAUCCCCUCGAAGGCCAACGGCACCAGCAUCCCCACGCUGGCCAUGAGCAAGGACGGCCUGAUCGGAGGGGUCACCAACCCCAACGAGGUGUUCUGCUCCGUGCCCGGCCGCCUCUCCCUGCUCAGCUCCACCUCCAAGUACAAGGUGACGGUCGGGGAGGUGCAGAGGAGGCUCUCCCCCCCCGAGUGUCUCAACGCCUCUCUCCUCGGCGGGGUCCUCCGCAGAGCCAAGUCAAAAAAUGGGGGUCGGUGUUUAAGGGAAAGGCUAGAGAAAAUUGGGCUAAAUCUACCUGCAGGAAGGCGCAAAGCUGCCAACGUCACCCUGCUCACAUCCCUCGUGGAAGGUGAAGCCAUUCACCUGGCUCGGGAUUUCGGCUACGUCUGCGAGACCGAGUUCCCGGCCAAGGCGGCGGCAGAGUACCUGUGCCGGCAGCACUCCGACCCCACGGAGCUCCACACCAGGAAAAACAUGCUGCUGGCUACCAAGCAAAUUUGCAAGGAGUUUGCAGACCUGAUAGCCCAGGACCGCUCUCCGCUGGGGAACAGCCGCCCCUCGCUCAUCCUGGAGCCCGGAGUGCAGAGCUGCUUGACUCACUUCAGCCUGAUAACCCACGGCUUCGGGGGCCCGGCCAUCUGUGCUGCCCUCACCGCCUUCCAGAACUACCUGGUGGAGUCCCUCAAGGGGCUGGAUAAAAUUUUCAUGAACAGCACGGGGAACGGGCACACGGCCGGGGACUCCAAAGCGUCAGACAAGGAGGCGAAGCAUCGGAAAUAACAGCGCUGCCUGCCCCGGUGGGAGCUCCCAGGGCACCAGGGGCAAGGAAGACCCAGAGCCACUGUUUUCUGAACUGCCGAGCUUGAACGUGGGGGGAAACCCGCAAGGCAAACAAAGAAAAGACAGGAGAAAAGAAGGCUUAAAGAAUUUAAGGAGAAAACAGUGCUAAUGGACGUAGUGAGAUUGAGGGAAGCCAGGCUGAUGGCUUUGGGGUUUUGCCUUUUUUUUUUUCUUUUUUUUUUUUUGGUAACGUGGAUGCAGGAAGCCAAGUCAUGUGCAAUUUGAUUUUAUUUUGCUUUUUAAAACAAACCCAUAGUGAAAUCCUGACGUGCUCCAGGAAUUUGUUCCAACUGAAAAACUGAGAGGAAAGAGCAAAAGCCUCAUCAGUGCAAGACCCAGAGCAGGAGCAGCCGAGGGCAGGGGGAUGGAGCCCUGGCUCUACCUGGAUUUAUCCACUGGUUUUGAGGCAAACACCCAGGAAAUCUUCAAUUCCCCCACCCACAGCCCAGCCCUGACACCAGGCCAAGGAAAACUGCUGGCAGAACUGCUGUGGAUUUAAAGCAGGCCCAGGCUUUGUUUACAGCUUCAAACUGAGACUCACUGUGGAUUUUCCUGUGGGCUGAGGAGCCCCAAGCCACGAGGAACAACCUCACAGCCAGCAGGAGCCAGGGCAGGACCGAGGGGAGCCCCCCUGGCUGCUGCCCUCCCUGCUGGGGACCAGGCAGGUGAAGUCAAACCCAGGACUAAACAAAACUCCACAACCCACAGAUAACAGCACACAAGUUUCUAAGAUUAGUAAUAAUAAUAAGUAAAGCACAAGGAGCAGAACUUGAACCAGGCCAAACGGAACUCUUCUAAAUCUGUAUAUAUUUAUUUAUGUGUAAUUAAAAUCUGAAAGUUUUAAAAUGUCCAGUGCAAGUUAUUUAUAUCAAAUUGAGUUGGGUUUUUUGUUUUGCUUUUGUUUUUUUGUUUGAUUGUUUGUUUGUUUUGGGUUGGGUUUUUUUCUUUUGAAAGAUGAAAAUCUUUGGAUUUUCUGCCAUUAGAAAUGGGAAUGAAGUUUUGGAUCCACCAAACUGUAGCAUGGACAAGCUAGGCUGUGAUGAUAAUGACUCUAGAAGUUCUGCAGGAUUUUGUACUUGCUGUUGUUUCUCUUAAUGCUGCAAUAGAUGUACAACACCCACACCACAAUGUCAUUCUCAUUCUCUUA